UUCAGAGGAAUUAAACAAAUCUCUGUCUCUUCCAGUGUGAGCAGUGAAAUGGCUGAAGGUGGAGUUUUACUGGAUCAGGACCAGUUCCGAUGUCAAAUAUGUCUGGAUCUAUUGAAGGAUCCUGUCACUAUUCACUGUGGACACAGUUACUGUAUGGGUUGUAUUAAGGGCUGCUGGGAUAAGGAUGAUCAUAUUGGUGUUUACAGCUGUCCCCAGUGCAGACAGACCUUCACCUUAAGGCCUGUUCUGGGCAGAAACACCAUGUUGGCUGAAGUGGUGGAGAAACUGAAGAAGACAGGACUCCAAGCUGCUCCUCCUGCUCACAGUUACGCUGGAACUGGAGAUGUGGUGUGUGAUAUCUGUACUGGGAGAAAGCGCAAAGCUGUCAAGUCCUGUCUGGUGUGUCUGGCAUCUUACUGUGAAACUCACCUGAAACUUCAUGAUGAACUCCAUUCAAUAAAGAAACAUAAGUUGAUUGAUGCAUUUGGAAACCUGCAGGAGAAGAUCUGCUCUCAUCAUGACAAACUGCUGGAGAUUUACUGUCGUACCGAUCAACAGUGUAUCUGUUAUCUGUGUGUGAUCGAUGAACACAGUGGCCAUAAAACAGUCUCAGCUGCAGCAGAAAGGACUGAGAAACAGAAACAGCUGGGGGUGACAAAGAGUAAGUUCCAGCAGAGAAUCCAGGAGAGAGAGAAGGAGCUGCAGGAUCUGAGACAGGCUGUGCAGUCACUCAGGUGCUCUGCACAGACAGCAGUGGAGGACAGUGACAGGAUCUUUACUGAGCUGAUCCGCUCCAUUGAGAAAAGGCUCUCUGAGGUGAAAGAGCUGAUCAGAGAUCAGGAGAAGGCUGAAGUGAGUCGGGCUGAAGGACUCCUGGAGCGACUGGAGCAGGAGAUUGCUGAGCUGAGGAGGAGAGAGGCUGAGCUGGAGCAGCUUUCACACACAGAGGAUCACAUCCAUUUCCUCCAGAGCUGUCAGUCCCUCUGUGCCCCUCCUGGACCUGGAGACUUUCCCAGCAUCACUGUUAGUCCAAUUGUCUCUUUUGAGGCUGUGAGGAAAUCUGUCUCUGAACUGAAAGAACGACUGGAGGGUGUUUUCAAGGUGGAAUUAGUCAAAAUCUCUCAAACAGUGCCCACUGACCCCCCCGCGGGAGAGAGAGAUGCAGAGUGUGUGACAGUGUGGGAGAAGAAGCCCAAGCCUGAGGAGCAGGAGAGAGCCACACUCCUUCAGCUGCCCCCCACCUCCUCCUGCAGGGAGGAAAGGGACCGGGGAGAGGAUGACGAGCCGGAGCACAGAAAAGAGCAGGAAGCCCUGCAGAAGAGGAUGGGAGAGAGCGAUGUUGCCAAUCACGUUGUCUCCAGCAGGAGAGACACCCCAGCAGUAGAGGAACAGGUCACGCCCCAACCCAAUUCCUCCACUGAAGCUACUUCCCUCACCGCCCCUACUGCCCAGGGUAGCGUCCCGAUUGCCCGGACCUCGGAACAGGGCCCCGAGCCUGGAGCCGGUUCUACGAGCCAAGAGCCUCCUGCUCCAUUUGUUUUUGGCAGUACUGACAGCCUGGGGAGAUUCUCAUUCGCAGACCUAGCUAAGAACAACAGCGAUUCGAUUUUUCUGAAGCAAGGGGCAACGGUGUUUGGUGGGGCUCCAGGGACCCAGAAUGGAGGUGAUAAGGAGGACAUUGGUGAUAGAGAAGUCACUGACGUUCACUUUAGGCCUCUCCCCUCACUGCCAGAGGUGGAGGCCAAGUCUGGAGAGGAAGACGAGGAGGUCCUGUUUAAAGAGCGGGCCAAGUUGUACCGGUGGGACUGUAAAUUCAACCAGUGGAAAGAGCGUGGGGUGGGGGACAUCAAGAUCCUCCACCACCCACAAAAGAGGUUCCACCGCCUGGUGAUGAGACGGGACCGGGUGCUCAACGUCUGCGCCAACCACAUCAUCACCCAGGGCAUGGAAAUCAAGCCCAUGAACACCUCCCCCAAUGCCCUGGUCUGGACUGCCACAGACUACGCAGAGGGCAGCGGAAAGAUCGAGCAGCUGGCUGCAAAGUUCAAGACUGCAGAACUGGCAGAAAACUUCAGGAAGAAGUUUGAGGAGUGCAUGAACCUCCUGCCCCAGCGAUCUCGGGUCCCGGAGCAUUCCCGGAUGGGGAACCCCGUGGUGUUCUUCUGCAUCACUGCCGACGGAGAGCCUCUGGGAAGGAUCACCAUGGAGCUCUUCUCCCACAUCGUGCCCAAGACUGCCGACAACUUCCGUGCCCUGUGCACUGGGGAGCUGGGAUUCGGCUACCGCGACUCCAUUUUCCACCGCAUCAUCCCGGACGCUAUGUGUCAGGGUGGAGACAUUACCAAGCAGGACGGGACCGGAGGAAAGUCAAUCUUCGGGGAGAAGUUUGAGGAUGAGAACUUUGACGUGAAGCACACAGGCCCGGGCCUGCUCUCCAUGGCGAACCGCGGCCGUGACACCAACAACUCCCAGUUCUUCAUCACCCUGAAGAAAGCGGAGCACCUCGAUUUCAAGCACGUGGUCUUUGGCUUCGUCAAAGACGGCAUGGAUGUUGUUAAAAAGAUGGGAGAACUCGGCUCAAAAACCGGCAGACCGAGUAAGAAGAUAGUCCUCACUGACUGUGGGCAGCUGAAGUAGUCUCCUCAAAUAAAUGCUGGACUCGCAUUCACACUGGUACUCACACUGGUAUUCACACUGGUACUGGUACUCACACUGUUUUCGUAUUAGCUGCUGCUUAUACAUUAUAAAUGUCAGGUCAAGAUACGAUUGCACUGAUUAAAUAAUUAAGAGCAGAAAGUAACAUAACAAUAGCAUUUUCCUGUCAGAAUUUACACGCCUUUUAUUCUUUACAUUUUUUAAUCUCCCAAUGCAAAGUCGAGUUCCACAGAACAUCAGCUAUCUACUCUCCAAAGUAAGAUUGUUGUUUUGGUAAGCUCUUAUCAAAAUAACUAUAUGCUUGGUGCUUACUCACCCACUUAUAAAUGUCAGCGGACAUUCCAGGCCAGAAAAAGAUUUCAUCUCUUUGUUGAUUGAAAUUGGUAAGCUAAGCAAUUCUAAAACAAUCUGCAUUGAUUCACGUAGCCUAAAAGGGAACGCUGUUGCCUGAAUAAUAUUUGCUCCCGGGCAGGGGAUCGAACCGGCAACCCUCCGACUGCCAGACGACUGCUCUUACUGCCUGAGCCAUGUUGCCACUCUGCAUAUAACCACAGUUGACGCAAAAAAGGAGGUUUAGUUAAAAUUGCUAGCCUAAUUAAAAUGAAUGAACGUAAUUAACAUUCUUAGUAGUUUCAUUAACAUUAAAGGUGCCCUGUGAGGCUAAAGGAGCAAUGCUUAAUGCCUAUGAAUUGGUGGCGGAGGCUUUCCGUCAAUAUUGGACAAGUAAACACACGCAUAUGGAACUCCCUAGAGACGUGCUUUUCCCAUUGUUCCUGGUGGUGUAUGGCUUCUAAUGUUAUGAACUUUUCUGAUUUGUGUGAGCAAUUUAAGAAUUCUGUCUCUGAGUCCACUGAAGCUGCUGCUUGAACUGAGGAUUAUGACAGUCGGGGCAAUGAUAGGCAGAAAAAGCCAUUUUCUCCUCCAUGACUGGGAAAGGAUGAUGUUGUUCCUGCUGUGAGGUCGGUUCUGAGGACAAACAUAAAAUAUGACCCUUCAUAAUUUGUCAGAUAGAAAGAUAGAGUAAUAAUCUAGACAUGUCGCACAAUGAUUUAUUUGUACAUACAACCAUUUGCAUCAAACACAUUUCCCAUGAAUCCCCCUAAAAAAACCUCCUCUACAAUCCCUUUCUUUGGCCUGAUGAUAGCCAAAACUAUUCUCCUCC